UGUUGUUCACCUCAACUAUUCAUUACAGAAGUGAUUUCCAGCUAAAACGAUCUCUUUGGGUAGAGAUAUUUCUCUUUAAUGCCCUAAUAGUGACUAAUUAUAUUUAUGAUCCCUAAUUCUGGUCUCUAACAUCAUAUCUGCAGCAACCUCACCAAACCAUCUCAUAAUCUUAAAAACAUGAUCAAACUUUUCAAAAGAAAUGAAAGUCAUAACCAGCCCAGCCUUUCCAGAUCAAUAAUAACCUCUUAACUUGGGUAUCAUUCUCAGCAGCCUUCUGUUGCACUCUGUACAGUGUCUGUUUUUUACACACUUGAGACCAAAACUGUUUGCAUUAGAAUACCCCAACUGUUUUCUGACAAAAGGUCUGUACAAGUUUCAAACUUUUUUUCCCCCCAUUCUACCUCUUUAGAAAUGAAACCAUUUAGUCAUAUUGACUUUCUUGGCUACUAUUAGUAGUUUGUGUGCCUGCCUACCCACCCACCCAUAGAUCCAAGGAACAUGUGGCGCCCCUAUUUGUGAAAGAAAAAGUGUUCUUACAUUCACGUUGUACUUCCCAACCUGUGGGUAAAGGGGAACCGAACAUGGUCCAACUGUGUGGUUAGAAGCUUCUCUUUCCAUAAAUGUAUAAGUAUCGAAGAUGGUCCAACCUUGCAGUUUAAAAACUUUUUUUUCCCACAUAUAUGUCACUAUGUUAUAAGUAGGAAUUGCAUCAAUUCAUGUCCUCGUCCUCUAACCCCCUUCUUUACCUAAAGCAUAAUUGAUCCUGUGCAAGUCGUCUGGAGCUGACUCACCUCGGUAACAAAAGAUAAGGAUGGCUGCAUGCUGAAAUGUUACAAGUUGCGCCGCACUUGAGCUUAGACAAGUGGAGAAAGAGACCGGGGCUUAAGUGUGUUAACGAGUGAACGUUUAUAGCAGUGAUUGGAACAAGAAAAGCGGGCAAGCAGUGAGGGGCACAGUCCCUUUUCGGAAAUGUGUGUAUUUGCGGCCGGAGACCGCGAAAUUGUCUCGGGAGCGGCAACAGUUGCCAAGCGUUCCCAAGAGCUCCAGUGAAGAUCAGUCACUCUCUGAAUAGCCCAUUGUCUAAAGAACACCAUGGCAAUUCCAAGGUCUGUGGGCUCCUUUAUCAACUUUAUUACUGGGAUUGUGAUCGGAGUUUUCAUCUGUUCCUAUUUUGUUAACAAGGCCACAUUACACAUUCAACGUCACAUGCAAACUAAUUACAACCAUCGCAACUUCCAUUAUUACCAUUCCCUUGUGAAAGGAAUGAUGAAUUGCAGUUCAAAAAGGAAUCAGUCUGUAGCGGAUGAGCUGUACAACAAAGUGCGCAUCCUCUGCUGGGUGAUGACUGCACCAAAGAAUCUGGAAACUAAAGCCAAGCAUGUCAAAGCCACCUGGGGCAAACGCUGCAGCAUUUUGCUGUUCAUGAGCUCUGAAAGCAAUCCAGAUUUUCCCACCAUUGGCCUGGAAACGAAAGAGGGUAGGAACCAGUUGUAUUGGAAAACCAUUAAGGCUUUCCAUUAUGUGCACAAACGCCACAUCGAUGAGGCUGACUGGUUUCUGAAGGCUGACGACGACACCUAUAUUGUCAUUGACAAUCUCAGAUUGCUUCUUUCCAAGUACAACCCCAAUGAGCCUGUGUACCUGGGCAGGCGCUUUAAACCAUUCCUCAAACAGGGUUAUAUGAGCGGAGGAGCUGGCUACGUUUUGAGCAGAGAAGCUCUGACAAGGUACGUGGCCGCUUUCAGAGAUAAGACCUGCAAUCAUUCUUCUCACGUUGAGGAUCUAGCACUGGGAAAAUGUAUGGAAAUACUUGGAAUUACGCCGGGAGACUCCAGAGAUAAUCACUUAAGAGAGACAUUUUUACCUCUGACAUUGCUGAGUCAUUUGAUAAAACGGCAUCCAGACCCUAGCUUCUGGUACUGGAAAUUCAGCUACUACAAAGCUACACAUGGUCCUGAGUGCUGCUCCGACUUGGCAAUUUCCUUUCAUUAUGUAAGCCCUGAGAUGAUGUACGUUCUGGAAUAUUAUAUUUAUCACCUACAUGUUGUGGGAUACAAAUACAGAAAAAGUACUGAUUUCUCAGGCCCAUCCAAAACAUUAAAGCAAGGGAAGGACAUGGGAAAGAGGUAAAACUGACACAGCCUACUUGGGAAUCAAAUGGCAGUUUUAUCUCCAAUUUAAUUGAAAAUGAUGUCCACUGGCAGAUAUCGCGUACCAUGAACGAUGACAGCAAUUUAUACAGCACCUUUUAUUGUGGACAAACAUGCCAAGUUACUUCACAAAAGUGCUACCAAUCAAAAUGUAAUCGUUCCAAAGAGGAGUCAGACUGGACUUGAAACGUUAACUCCAGUUCUCUCUCUACAGAUGCUACCAGAUCUAUUUCUGCUAAUUGUGUUUUCAUCCAUGUGGGUCUCUGAGGUCCCUGCACUGAAGUCAAUGCUACGAAUGACGUUGGCUGGCCGAUUGCCUUGCAUGGACACUCCAAGUGGCUGCUGGGGUUCCCCAGCAUGUCUUGUGUUAGUUCAAACUUCCAGCAUUGGCCGUACUUUGCUAAAAGUUGAUACUGAACUGGAGGGAGUGCUAGUUGGUUUAUUGCACUCCAGCUCCCUGGUUCAGACACUGGACUUAUGUAGCAAGGUGUGGUGAAAACACAGGAGGCAGAUGCUUCAGAGGCAAAGGAAACUCUCUAUAACUUUAAUAAAAUCAGAUGUACAGCAUAGAAACAGACAGACCUUUUGGUCCAACUUGUCUAUGCCGACUAGAAAUCCUAACCUAA